AUGGAAGAAGACGAAAUCGCAAGACUACGGCGACUACUUGACGAAUCCGAACGCCGACGGGAAGAAGCCGAAACCUUGGCCGCCGCUGCGCGACCACAAACAGUCACAGACUACCUCGAGGCCUGCCAUCAACUCAGUCUGGCAAUUGACAUAGUUACGGACAAGAGCCUGACGACACAGGGAGAGCCCACUAAGCCCACAGGCCGCAAGUUUCCACGGCGGAUCAUCCCCUGGGACAGCUUCGCCGCGGCGCAAGAAGAGACGUGGAACCAGCUAGCAGCUGACGAUGCGUUUUUUACUGACACUAUUUGCCCAUCUUCGAAUCAGGUGGACUAUAUCGCAUCGUUGAACAGGCCAAUCAGCAGCGAAAAUGAUCUUCGAAACUUUGAGCGAGAUACGGUCGAAAUUUCUGUUCAGAGACUGCUUGACGAAGUGUACCGGAACCGGCGUCUGCGGGACAACCUCGAUAUGCAAGGCACGGUGACGUUCAAGAGCCAUAUGAACCUAGGCAACUUCGACUGGUGUCCAAAGGCGCCGGGCCCAGGGUAG